AAAAAUGUAAUAAAAUAGUCCAAUCGCCUUGACUACCGCUUCCGGUUCCGGAUCCGAAUCUCGCCCUCCCCUCUCUUUCUUGCCUCCAGGUCCGGCCGUCCGGGCGGCGCCGGGAGGAGAGAAUGGCCUCCACGGCGUCGCCGCCGGUGUUCGAGAGGGUGGCCGGGAUCCGAGCCAUUGCCGAGUCCGGCCGCUUCAAGGCAUGGUUGCUGGACCAGUUUGGCGUUCUUCAUGACGGGAAGAAGCCGUACCCCGGCGCCAUUCUGGCAUUGGAGAAGCUAGCGGAGAAUGGGGCAAAGAUGGUGAUAAUCAGCAAUUCCUCUAGGCGGUCAUCUGUGACAAUGAAGAAGCUCAAGAGCCUGGGGUUCGACACGUCCUGUUUCCUCGCGACCAUCACCAGUGGGGAGCUCACACAUCAGCACCUUCAGAAGAGAGACGACCCAUGGUUUGCUGCUCUUGGAAGGAAGUGUAUCCAUAUCACUUGGGACGAUCGAGGGGCAAUUUCUCUCGAGGGCCUUGGUUUGCAAGUUGUGAACAAUGUUGAUGAUGCAGAGUUCAUAUUAGCCCACGGUACUGAAGCUCUUGGCUCACCUUCUGGUGUUCCUCUUCCCAAAAGUCUUGAGGAGCUUGAGCAGGUUCUAAUGCUUGGCAUAGAAAAGCGACUUCCAAUGGUGGUAGCUAAUCCAGAUUAUGUCACUGUCGAAGCUCGAGAUCUCCGUGUCAUGCCUGGCACUCUGGCAGCUAAAUAUGAGAGUCUUGGUGGUGAAGUGAAAUGGAUGGGGAAGCCUGAUAAGGUGAUCUAUACAUCAGCGAUGUCCCUAGCGGGCGUUGAUGCCCGUGAAUGUAUCAUGGUGGGUGAUUCGCUGCACCACGACAUCAAAGGAGCCAAUGCGUCAGGGAUGGCAUCCGCGUUCGUCACUGGAGGGGUCCAUGCGGACGAACUUGGACUCGGUGAAUUUGGAGAAACUGCUGGGGAGGAUGCUGUCAGUUCGCUGUGCAGCAAGCACGGAUCGUACCCUUCUUAUGUUCUGCCUUCAUUCGCGUGAUUGAUCUCGAUCAAGCUCGUCAAAGCAUUGAACGGCAUGAUCUCCAUAGAAGAAGAACGUCUUCAGCUCUGUCCUUGAAACUGUUAUGGUGAAGAUGACAGCAUUCAGGGUACGGUCGGAGAGCUUUCCUCCAGUGACCAAGUGCUCACCGAUGUAUUAUUGCUUCCUAAACCGGUCCAGCUGCAUAAUCAAUGUAUAAUGACCCUGUCUUGAUUUCUGAUAUUAGCUGGAGCUAUUGGGAAAAAAAAGGGGCUCCAAUCGGCUCUGCAAAACAUUACUGGAGUUGAUUGGAGUUCUAACAAAGGAGCCCUAGAUAACUUUAGUUAGGUAAGCAAAACAUUACCUUAAGGCAUCUGUUUUUUCGAGGUGGUGGUCCAAA